GCUGUAAUUGCUGAGCAACUAGCAAAACUUGCCCAAGGGAUCAGUCAGUUGGAUAAAGAACUACACCUCCAGCAAAGUGUUCCAGUUCUGCUCAGAGCCCUGAAGUAUAACAACUCUACUCUGCUAGGGGAUAGUUUCCCCAGGGAAAGUGUUACGGCUCUGCUCCACUCCAGUGAAAGUUGUUACAGCUGGGCUCUGCUCUGGUGAUAAUGUCACACCACACAACAAACCUCACUCAAGACAUUUAUUGGGAAGGAAGAAUCCAGAAGGGUGGCUGCCUUGGUUGAGAAACAGCAGCAAACCGAGCAGGGUUGUUGCCAGACAUGAAGAUUUGCUGGCACAAGCAACUGGGAUUGAGUCUUUGGAAGGUGUUCUUCAGAUGAUGCAGACAAGAAUUGGAGCUUUACAAGGAGCUGUUGAUAGGAUGAAAUCAAAAAUUGUUGAGCCAUAUAAUAAAAUAGUAUCCCGUACUGCACAACUAGCAAGACUUCAGGUCGCCUGUGAUUUGCUUCGGAGAAUAAUUCGCAUCUUAUAUCUCAGUAAGAGACUCCAGGGACAACUGCAAGGAGGAAGUAGAGAGAUAACCAAAGCUGCUCAGAGUCUCAAUGAACUUGAUUAUCUUUCACAAGGAAUAGAUCUUUCUGAAAUAGAAGUAAUAGAAAAUGAUCUACUCUUCAUUGCAAGAGCACGACUUGAAGUGGAAAAUCAAGCGAAGCGUCUUCUGGAGCAAGGUGUGGAGACUCAGAAUCCAACUCAAGUUGGAACAGCUCUUCAGGUUUUCCAUAAUCUGGGGACUUUGAAGGACACUGUUACCAAUGUUGUGGAUGGUUAUUGCGCUGCUUUGGAAGACAGUAUCAACAAUGCAUUGGAUGUCAAAGUUUUGACUCAGCCUUCCCAGUCAGCUGUGAGAGGAGGUCCUGGGCGAGCUGCCAUGCCAACUCCAGGAAACACAGCAGCUUUUCGUGCUUCCCUCUGGACGAACAUGGAAAAACUUAUGGAUCAUAUCUGUGCUGCUUGUGGACAGGUACAGCAUCUACAAAAAGUAUUAACCAGGAAGAGAGAUCCUGUUUCUCACAUUUGUUUUAUUGAAGAAAUAGUUAAGGAUGGACAGCCUGAAAUUUUGUACAUUUUUUGGAGUGCAGUUACCCAGGCACUUUCUUCUCACUUUCAUGCAGCAACAAACUCUUCUAUGUUUUUGAAACAGGCAUUUGAAGGUGAAUACCCUAAACUAUUACGUCUUUAUAAUGACUUAUGGAAGCGUCUUCAGCAGUACAGUCAAAAUAUCCAAGGAAAUUUCGGUACAAGUGGAACUGCUGACCUUUAUGUUGACCUCCCACACAUGGAAGAUGAUACACAAGACAUGUUCAUACUGAAAAGGCCAGAUUACGAUCCAGAAAAAGCUUUGAAAGAUUCACUGCAACCCUAUGAGGCUGCUUAUCUCUCCAAAUCCCUAUCGAGACUCUUUGAUCCCAUCAACUUGGUUUUUCCCCCUGGUGGGCGUAAUCCUCCUUCCUCUGAUGAGCUUGAUGGCAUCAUUAAAACUAUAGCAAGUGAACUCAAUGUAGCUGCUGUUGAUGCAGACCUUACAUUAGCUGUAUCAAAAAAUGUGGCAAAGACCAUCCAGUUAUACGGUGUGAAAUCAGAGCAGCUUCUCUCUACUCAAGGAGAUGCAAGCCAGGUGAUUGGGCCUCUCACUGAAGGACAGAAGAGAAAUGUAGGAGUGGUGAAUUCAUUGUUUAAGUUGCACCAAGCAGUAACAAAGGUGGUUGCUAGUCAGAGCUCCUUCUCAUCAGCAGCUGAACAAACUAUAAUGUCAGCCUUAAAGACGAUUCACGCUCUUAUGGGGAAUGCCAUACAGCCUUUACUGACUUCAGUGGCAGAUGCGAUCGAGGCCAUAAUCAUCACCAUGCAUCAGGAAGAUUUUUCUGGGUCAUUAUCCAGCUCAGGAAAGCCUGAUAUUCCUUGUUCUCUAUACAUGAAAGAGCUACAAGGUUUCAUUGCCAGAGUUAUGAAUGACUACUUUAAGCACUUUGAAUGUUUGGAUUUUGUGUUUGACAACACUGAAGCUAUUGCCCAAAGAGCCAUUGAACUUUUUAUCCGCAAUGCCAGUCUUGUAAGACCUCUUGGUGAAGGUGGGAAAAUGCGACUUGCUACUGAUUUUGCACAGAUGGAGCUGGCUGUGGGUCCACUUUGCAGAAGAGUGUCUGAUUUGGGAAAGUCCUACCGAAUGCUGAGGUCAUUCAGACCCCUGCUCUUCCAGACAAGUGAACAUGUGGCCGACAGUCCAGCAGUGGGGGAUGUUAUUCCAUUCAGCAUCAUUAUUCAGUUUCUGUUCACAAGAGCACCGGCUGAGCUGAAAUCCCCCUUCCAGAGGGCAGAGUGGUCCCACGCACGCUUCUCCCAGUGGCUGGACGAUCACCCGUCGGAAAAGGACAGGCUCCUCCUCCUCAGGGGAGCCUUGGAAGCUUAUGUUCAAUCAGUGAGAAGCAGAGAAGGCAAAGAAUUUGCACCAGUUUAUCCCAUUAUGGUCCAGCUGCUUCAAAAGGCUAUGUCUACUCUUCAGUGACAUGCAGGCUCCACACACAAACCCAUCUAAACAUGGCAACUAGCAGCUAAAGAUAAUUGAUUUUCUGUAUUUCCUAUUGAUCUUUCCUUGUUACCUCCAGUACUUCUAACUUUACAAUGUCAAAAUAGAUCAUAAACUUUAAAUUGCAUACACCUGAUUUUUUUCCCCCUAAAGAUACCCAUUUUUUUCUUUUUUAGAUUUAUGAACAAGGAAAAUUAUUAAUUAGGUGGGUUUUGUUUGUUUGUUUGUUUUUGUUUUUGUGCCAUCAUGCUGUUGAUUCCCUGCACUUGCAUUGCUCCUAAAGGGACAAGCUCACUCACCCUGCUUUCCCCAACCACGUGGUUUUCAAAUCUCACUCUAGAAUCAAUACUGGGGAGUCCCUGAGUGCACACCUGACAGAAGACUAUCCUGAAAGUGAUACUGAUGUGAAGUCAAGACAAGUGAUUGGCAGAACCAAGCUGAGACAGAUGCACACUCAGUGUUCUUAUGACAUGUUGCUACAUCUUUAAAUGAAGCCAGGGUUUCCUUUAUACUUUGUCAUUUUAUUAAAAAGUCACUUGGGCUUUGGAACAAAGACGAGUUAAAAAAUAAAAAUUUCUACAAAGGCUCUCUAUAAA